AUGGCACCGUCAGAGAAUGGACAUGUUUCGGAUGGCACAGAUAAGGUGUUGGUGGGUCGUACUCAGUUGAGAAAGGCGAAUCCUUUCCGAUGGACAAUUGGCCUCAUAGUGCGGCUUUGUAUAUGGUAUGUCUUGCUGGCGCCAGUCUUUAGAUGUCCUUCGAAUCUGUCAGAAUUGAACGAAUCGUCUCCCCGAGUCUGCAAACCCUACCUCGUCGUGCGGUCACACGUUGAACCGUAUGUUCAGCCAUAUUACGAUCAAUACGCUGCGCCAUAUGUCGAUAUUGCUCGGCCUUACGCGCAGGUUGUAAAUGGGCAUAUUUACGCCCCGGCUGCCACCAUUGCGAGACAGGGUUAUGAUCAAUACGGCGCUCCCGCUUUGAAGCAGGCUCAAACUUUUGGCCAACAACAGUGGGAUGCACAGGUUGUACCCCGCCUACAAGCCACAAAGGACAGGGCGAGGGGACUGUACGACUCCCAGGUUGCCCCCUACGUGCAGCACGCCAAGGAUACAUUCUCUCCCUACUCUAGGAGCUUGAACCGAGUCAUCAUCAAGGUGUGGGAUGGUUAUGUUGCUCCCUUCUAUGCGCGGUCGAGACCAUUUAUUGGUAAAACGUACACUUCUGGUCAAGACAUAUUAGUGACAACGGUAAUGCCGUACGCGCAGAGUACUUGGUCGUCUGUCAUCUACUUUGCGAAUAGUGCUUUGUGGCCUAGGCUCACAGGCCUCUAUUCCGAGAAUGUUGAGCCUCAGUUGGUCAAGAUUGGUCAGCGCCUGGCUACUUACCGGGAGGGCAGGCGACUACGGAAGGUCGUGGCUGAAGCAGACAGCUCGAUCGAGCAACAAGCGCGCUCCACGCUUUCGUCGGCGGAGACGACGCAGGUUCCUGAGCCUAUUGUCACACCUUCCACAACCGUUGUUCUAUCCACCCACACUAAGCUCUCGCCUACGGAACAGACAGCACAAGCUCGUGAAAAAAUAGCAGCAGACCUUCAAGCAUGGCAGAAGAAGUUUGCCACAGCUGUUGAAAAGGGUGCCGAAGAUCUCGAACAAUAUGUGGAAGAGAUUGUUAAUAGUUAUAUCCGAAGCGGAGUGAACACUCACGGCGAGAGCCUCGUCACAGCCUUGGAGGCCGUCGUGAACGAUGAGGUAUCGGCUGUCAAGCUCCACAUAAAUGAGAUGGCCGAGUCACUUCCCACUGAAGAUGCACCCCAAGAUGAGGAACAGGUUCAGGAUGCACUUCUAAAGGAGAUCAGACGCGCCGCUGUGUCUAUCAGAGAUCGUGCACACGCGAUUCGGCAAUGGCGUAAUUCGUUCGAUGACGAGUUAGUCAGACGUACCUCGGCGGCAGUCAAUUCGACGCUCAGUGUGUUGGAUAGUGUCCGGGAUCUGGGUCUUCAAGAGAUUGGGAUGCGAUGGGCAUGGAUGGAAGAAGUCACGUACAAGGAUUGGGCCAAGUAUCAUGCCCUCAAAGCCCAAUUCGAGGACUGGAAGAACGAUAUCUACGAUGUCGGAAUGCAGCACGCGAGCGUGGAGGAAGCCAAAGCGUUAGCAAAUGACAUUCUAGGCCGUGGAAUGGAGGUCGCCGAGAAUGCUGCAAAGGAACUUGCUAGGCUGAAAGACGUCGGCAGAUGGAAGAUCGCAGCUCGGGAGGUGAGCGAUGAUUUCGAGACAAGAACAGGACCUCCACCUCCGCGACCAAAGCCAAGCAAGGUUAAUGAAGGAUUUGACGGUGAACAAAACGAGGCUACGAAGCAUUCUGAAGCGAUUCUGGCGCAGAGAUCGGAGGAUGAGCUAGGCCUAGAUGAUGAUGCAGUUGUACCGCAUGAUCAAGCGAGCACCCUCCCUCGAGAUGAGCCGUCUUCAAGUCAGUCUGCGCAACUCGGCAGUGUUCAUACAGCUGCUGUGGCGUCGUCGGGUGAGGUUGAGACUGAAAGCCCAGAGCCUGUCAAAAUAGCCUGGGGUGUCGCAGCCGCCGAAUCAGUACCGCAACACGAUGCAUCUGAUCAAGGUGUUCCCGAACAGUUGCAAGCGCUUGUCGACCAGGCAGAUGAUAAAAUCGCUCUGGCAAAAAAUACUGCCGGCCAAGUUUGGUCUGAAGGAAGUGUGGCCUCCCUGGCUAACCAGGCAGCCUCCAGCGUUUCCUCAAUGGCAGCAGAGAUUACGCCCCUGUCAUACAUCUCUUCUGUGGCUUCCUCAAAAUUAAGCGAGGGCCUCAGCUUUGCCUCUGCGCAGCUUGCCGAAGUCAGAGCGACGGCGACCCCUGCCACAAUGGCCGGUCACAACCCUAUCAUUCUCGACGCCCAACGCCGCUAUUAUGAAGCUGUUGGUAUGGCACAUGAUCAUUACUCUCUCUUUGUUUCCUCUGCCUCUCAAGCAGUAUAUGGUACUCCCACUCCGACAGGCGCAUUUGAAAACAUGGCUAGCAAGGCGUCAGAAAAUUGGGAAAGUCUUGUUUCCACAGCCAGUGAGUUCUACGGCUCUCAGACCCGAUAUGCAGUUCCGACAUUGGGCAAUGUAGUUCCUCGAUAUGAUGCAAUCGAACGCCUGGUGUCCGAACUGCUUGUCGGCAAGGAGCCUUCCUUUACAGAGAAGGCAAUCAGUAGGCUGCAAGCCAUCUACGAAACACCGUAUCCAGCCUCCGCACUGUCGAAGGCGUCGAGUUAUAUGGUUGGUGACGGGACCGCUGCAUUUUCUGCCCCGUUCGGAUCGAUCACGAAUUCUCCAGCCGUCGAGAACAUUUUGGAAAAUGCCAACGAACAAUUUCAGUCCGCUAUCAAUGCGGUGAGCGUACAGUUGUAUGGGACGCCCAAAGGUCCCUACGAGAAAGCUACCUCUACCGCUGGCGGCGCCAUGGCAGCCGCUUCGGCCCGAGUCAGCGAAGCCCUAUAUGGAUCCGAACUUGGAUACAUGGAGGCUGCCCAGGAGGCUAUAGAAAAAGCCUACGAGUCGGCUCAGUCCGCCAUCAGCAAUGCUGUCUUCCGGCCCGAGUCGACCCCCACGGAAGCCGAGCAGGGGGUAUUUGCCAGCGCUACGAGUAAGCUGGCAGCAGCCGUGGAAGGCGCACAGGGGCAACUCGCGAGCAUGGCAUCCAGCGCCAGCAGCUAUGCUUCUGCUGUUGUCGAAACAGCAACGUCGAAAGUGGUGGUUUUGACAAGCGGUGAUGAUACCGCAAAGGACGAGUUAUAA